AUGGCCUUUGCACCUCGGCGCAUCUGCGUCAAUUGCCUGGUCUCUCUCUCGAAGCGCUCGUCCGUAUCUCCGAUCAGUUCGAGUAGAUCCGUCCGCAGCUUCACCUCGACUCGGUAUAGAGCCGCCUUCGCCCCUCCCACCCCAGAAUCGCUGGGCAAGGCCGUCCCCGCCAAAGAAUACAAGCGCACACGCAAAUGGCUGCGAAGACUGGGGUACCUGACGGCCUUUGGCGCAGUCGGAUAUAUUCUCGACAGGCAAUUCUUGGCCUCUGCACUGACACGGAGUUGUCGAACCUUUGCUCUCGGUCUCACAGUCGCCUUGGACUACAAGAUCAACUUCCGUGAAGAGCCCUGGUUUGCGGACGACGUUGCCGAAGUCCACGCCCGCAAUGCCCAGAAGCUCGCGAAUUUGCUCCGCCAUAACGGCGGACUGUACCUCAAGAUCGGUCAAGCCAUAGCCAUGCAGUCGGCCAUUCUUCCGCCCGAAUUCCAAAAAAUGUUCAGUACCAUGUUCGAUGACGCUCCACAGAAUGACUGGUCGUCCGUGAGGCGAGUCAUCAAGGAGGAGUUUGGUCGAGAACCUGAAGAAGUCUUCGGCAUCUCUUUUGAUGGCGACCCUACCAAGGGCGUGAUGGAGCGCAAGGCCCGCGCCUCAGCUUCCGUUGCACAGGUACACUGGGCGCGGCUUCCUGAUGGGCGAGAAGUUGCUAUCAAGAUUCAGAAGGAGGAGAUCAGUAAACAGGUCGGCGCCGACCUGUUUUCCUUCAAGGUCGUAGCCCGGAUUUACUCCUGGUGGUUCGACCUGCCUCUCUACACUUUGGUACCCUACAUCACCGAGCGUCUAAAUCUCGAGUGCGACUUUCAGAACGAGGCCGCAAACUCGAAACGUAUGGCGGAGCUCGUACGGCAGGAGCCACGCCUCCGUGAUCGAGUUUACAUCCCUGUUGUCUACGAUGACCUGUCCUCGAAGCGUGUCAUGACCGCCGAGUGGAUAGAAGGCGUGCGACUCCGAGACAAGGACUCCAUCACACGACCUUGGGGUGGUGGUUGGCGUGCCGGCUCACCUGGUAGCCACGGUACACCGCUGGAUCCUCCCAGCACACCUCUUCCCCAGCUUCAACGUAAAGCACAGUCCAUCGAUGCUUCACUCAAGCCAGACCGCACAUACUGGAAAGGCCAAAACGGCCAAGGCGGCCUCGGUCUGAACCUCACCGAAGUUAUGACCACCAUGGUCGACCUCUUCUCCGCGCAAAUGUUCAUGUGGGGCUGGGUGCACUGCGAUCCGCACCCCGGCAACAUCUUCAUCCGCCGCCUCCCCAACGGCCACUCCGAACUAGUCCUCAUCGACCACGGCCUGUACAUCGAGAUGUCCCCGUCCUUCCGACACCAAUACUCGCUCUUCUGGAAGAGCAUGAUGACCUUCGACAAUGCCACCAUGCAAAAGGUGGUGCGCAACUGGGGCAUCAACGACAGCGACCUCUUUGCCUCUGCCACCCUGAUGCGCCCCUACGAGGGCGACCAUGGCCGGAUCUCCAAGAAGUUCGGCCAGAUCAGCAGCGAGAAGGACCGCAAGAAGCGGCACUACGAGAUGCAGCAGGCGUCGCGCAAAGUGGUGCGCGAGAUCCUGGCCGACGAGGACAAGUGGCCCAAAGAGCUCAUCUUCAUCGGCAGGAAUAUGCGGAUCGUGCAGGGCAACAACCAGUACCUGGGUAGUCCCGUCAACAGGAUCAAGAUCACGGGCAACUGGGCCAGCAGGGCACUCGCGGAGGACCGGCAUCUGAGCUCCGGCGAGCGAUGGCGAUAUUGGGCCGGCCAUCUGGUCUUCAAGGUCGUGUUGCUGGGCAGUGACGUCUGGUGGUGGUGGGCCAGGGUCAGGCAGUGGUUGGGAAAAGGCCGAGGCAUGGAUGACGAUAUGGAGCAGUCGAUGCGCAAGAUUGCAGAAGGCUACGGCGUCGAGAUACAGCAUGAUGUUUUCCAAGGUUAG